CAGCCUGCGGUACACCUGAAACAAAGAGACAACAAGGAAGAGAGAGAGAGCGAGAGAGAGAGAGAGAGAGGGUUGCCAUGAGGGAGGUGGAUGCACAUGGAGGAGGACAACGCAGCAGCGACAGCGGCAAAGCGAGAGCGCGAGUGGAAGAUGAGCUGCCCUCAGGCUGAGUUGGAGGAAAAGGAGCGGCCUUUAUCCGAGGAACUGGAAUGUAAAAUUUGCUACCAACGCUACAAUGCACAUAACCGCCGCCCCAAACUCUUGGACUGCCUCCAUCGGAUGUGCACCCGCUGCCUGGUCAAGAUCCUCUACGUCGCUGACGGCACGGGCUUCAUCUGCUGCCCGUUUUGCCGCCACCAAACCCAGAUCGGCGAGUACGAUGUAUCGGCCCUGCCCGACGACGCCAACAUCAUGUCCCGCUUAAGGCUACGUGACAAAUCCUGGAGCUUGGACCACAAUCAGGAGGUGGUCCUCUCCCCGAAGAGUUUCUUCUCCUCCAGCCCAUCUCGCGACACAUCCAACUGCCUCUUCAUCACCAUCAUGGACGUGCAAAGGGAGCCGCAGCGCCUCCCGAGUCACAACAGCAGCUCUGACGUGGAGCGCAACGUGGAAUCGCUGUCGGCGGCUUCCAACGGGCAGGCGGACCAGGACUCCCUGAGCAAAUUCUGUAAUCAUGUCCCACGCAUUCUUGUGUGGCUGCUGGGCUUCUUGUACUUUGGCUCCCUGCCUCUUGGGAUCUACUUGUUGGUGAUCCAGAGGGUGACUCUUGGCAUCGUGUGCGUCAGUUUGGUGCCGUCCAGUUUGACGGUGUGUCUGGUCUACGGCUUCUGCCAGUGCUUAUGCCAGGGCAUGUGCGACUGUUCCUCUCGGGGAUGAAAUCCAACCAAUCAAAACCGGCGGUGGUAAUAGGGACGGAGAUGUAAAUGCCACCAGUCGGUAGUGUUUGUGCCUUUCGAGGCAGGUCUAAGAGUUCCAUCUUGAUAGACUACAUCUGCAUUCCCACACAAUAUAUAAGCAUAUA